GCCGGUGCUGAGCAGCACAUACUCGUGCUCCUGCUCCAGCCCGCCGGAGCCGGGACGACUCGACGUGUCCCACACGUGAAACCCGGCUCCUGGCUUCAGCCCGCCGCGGAACAAGGCUCCAGCCACAGCCCGCCCCUGAGGAGAGCUGCGGGCUCCCCACUACCCCGAGGACAGGCUCGCACACCGGCAGCGGGCAGGAGCGGCUGGCACCCCGCACGCCGGGAAAAGCCCCGAAGGGAAAGGCGGCCACCGCCCUUCUCCUCCUCCCCUAACAGCGCAGCUGCCUGGGCGGGUACCUCGCGGCGCACCCUUAUCGGAUACGGUGCCGCUCUCUGGCCAAGCGGGAGCAGCUGUAGCGGUUAGAGAGCGGGCGCCGUCUGUAAGGCAGGCAGUCAUGCAGCGUUGGAGGCUUCUUCCUGGGGUGCUGGUGCUGGUGUUGCUCUCCCUCUUGGUUAUUGCCCAAGAUGAUUUCAAUUUGGAAGAUGCUCUUGAGCCUGAUGACUCCAAGCCAACUCAACCUGCAAAUCCUAAGGACACUGGUAACCCCAAGCGAAGUCCACCUGUACUUCCUAAAGACUCUGACUUUAAAGAUUCAGAUCUAUAUGAAGACAAUUUAUCAAAAGGAGGAGGUGGUGAUAGUGGCCACAAUGAACGAAAGGACCCAAGUCCAAAGAAUGGUGAAGAAGCUGAGGGUUCUCAGGGAGCAAUAGCUGGAAUUGUAAGUGCUGUGGUUGCUACUGUAAUUGGAGCAGUAUCUAGUUUCAUUGCUUACCAAAAGAAGAAACUCUGUUUCAAACAAAGCGCAGAUGAAGAGAAUGUGAAUAUGGAAAGCCAUCGAGGAGCACAAUCUGAGCCACCUGUUCAGCGCACACUUCUGGAGAACUGAAAUAAAGAAAACAUGAUGAAGAAACAGAUCAUUGAAACUGGAUAGAGAGCCUACAUUCUGCCUGGGGGAAAAAAAGGAAUCAAAAAAGAAGCAUAACGUUAACAGCAGAGUCUGAAGUUGCAUGAGAAAAUAGUUCUUGUUUGAAACACCUCUGGGAGUUUGCCUUAGACCUGAGCACUUCUGUAUGGUUAGCCCUGUGAAGCAUUGUUGCACACCAAUAUAUGGCCUUAAUGACAGGAGUGCAGAAGUAUGUUGUGCCUUUACAUUCUUUACUCCUGUUAACAAAUAGGUGUGUCUAAAGUGCAUUCAGUGUUUUUAAUUUUCCAUACGCCUCCAAAAAAAAAAAAGAGGCAAGUAAUGUUUUGUUAUGCCAUUGCUUUCAGGCAGUGUGCAAAUAGUUUUUCUAAUAUCCUGUACACAGUGAGUGUACCAGCCAAACAACCUGGCAUAUGUUGUGGGCACCUUGAAAGCAAAUGGCUCACUGUGUAGCAUAAUGAGUCUGGGUGUGGGUGCUGCUGAUUCAAUCCAUGUAACUGCGUGGGUCACCCACUAGGGAAGGAACAGAUACUUGUUCUUGAGCAUCCAACAGACAAAAAUUCAGUUUUGUUUUUGCUUUUCUGAUGUUGUUGUUGCAUCUGUCUGGUACAGAUUCAGAACACUCAAACUAGUGCACAGAGACCCUUUAUCCUUUCUGGCUCUUCCUGCUUAGCAAGUACUGAACCGAUCAGAUGUGGAAAAGCCUGAUCUGAAAAUCAGAACCAUAAUUGGAUUUUGUACAUCUGGUGAGAUUGGUGUUUGGCAGUUGUCUAAACAGUUGUAGAUGAAGUAUUAGGGAGUGGGGAUUGAUAUCUUCAGGCUCCUGUAACUAAAAAUUUAACAGAAAAUGAUGUUGAAUUCAGAAGGCUUGUCAUACACCC